UUUUGGAGUUGUGGUAUUCAAGUAACAGUCUUUCGAAUAAUUGAAGUCAGGUUGUGACUAGAAAGAUACAUCAACUCUAUUAUAGGUAGUUAAGUCAGAAACCUCUCUGGAUAUCCUUGAAGAUUCUGUCUGGAAUUUCAUCCUAAGCUAAUUUUAGCAGUCAUUGUUACUCAUAUGGUAUUCAUUCAAUACCUGAUAGUUUUAUUUAGGUAAUGGGAAUUAUUAAAGUUUUUUUAUAUGGAUAUCUACACUCCUUACAAUACGAGGACCUCUAUUCCAGAGCUAGAUUAAUUGAACGUCUGAGUGGAAAAACAGCAAUAUUCCAAAAAUUCCAAAAAUAAACUGAGAUAGCCAUUUUGUACCUUAAAUGUAGGUCUAUUGUUGGGUCGAAGAACAGUAACAUUCUCAUUUAUCCAAUGCUUUUGAAAUAGCUGAGAAGUUUCUAUUGAGUGGAAGAAAAGUAACAUUCCAGGAAUAUUACUGGUAAUCCACUCAUAUGUGAUUCUGUGUAGUUCUAGUGCCUGCCACAGCGCUGCUGAUUUUCCACUAAAAUCAGAUGAUACAUUUGUUGUUUUCAACGUUUGUGAUUAUGUUCUGCUCAUGGAGUUAUGGUGAAGUAUGAAGUCUGGUAAUUUAAGAUAAGUUUACAUUUUUAACCAUUGUUUAGGUUCUACAGGUUCAAAGUUCUAAAAGUUCGCCACAUUCUUGAUUAUACAAUGUCAUCUGACUCCGAGUCUGGUGCUGAGGAGCCUAGAAGAAAAAGAGGUAAGGUCAACAAGGAUAUGCAUACAAAAGAGAUGGAGAAGUUAGCGAGGGCAAGGGGAGAAGAAUUUGAAGGGUUCACUGAUGAUGAGAAGAAGGCUAUCAUAAAGAGUGUUUAUAGUGGGCGUCCUAAGAAUGAGAGAGAUACAUUCCUUGUAGGCCUUAUUGAUAGGCAUGAAGUAGCAAGACACCGCUCUGUGUCCGAGAAAUCUAAACAAAUCACAUCCUCUUACAAAUACAAUGCUCUUAAAGGAAAUGAAAUGUUCGCACUGAAGUUUGUCGCAAAGCAUACAUGAGCCUUCAUAGUCUUUCAAAUUCAGUUGUGGU